AUGGUAAAACUACAUGAAAUUAUCGAAUCGGUAGCUGCAGACGACAUCAAUGUCAUCGACGUCAAUUCCGAGAGCGGUCUCUGCAUAGCAGCAUGGGAUCUCGAAGCCGACUUCAUCUUCUGGGUAAGCGGAGACGGCAGCGUUUGGGGCGCUCACGGUUAUUCUGGACAUCAAAAAUUCCCUUGGACCAAGUUCCUUGGACCAAGGUCCUUAUUGCGCCAGCCUGGUCUGCUCACCGCUCUGCUCGACUGCGCGUCGUUUGAUAAGAACACAGAAGCGAGAAGAGAUUGGCACUGCCACGGUUUGACAUUAACGGCAGGCUGA